AUGGCUCCCUCCGCCGACGCCGCCGCGCCCGCCCCGACCCCUCCGCUGGCGCCCCUCAUCGCCGCGCAGCUCAAGUUCCUCCUCACCAACUCCAGUCUCCCCAUCAAGGUGGUGCAGAUCUGGUCCGGAUGCAGCAGCGGCCGCUACGCCGAUCGCUUCACCCUCGGCAUCCCCUUCUGCCUCGACUACGUCUACUGGGAUUUCUUGUAUAAUGCGAUGCACCCCAAGGUGGCGCCGGACGUCAUAUUCGGGCAGGGCGACGAGGGGUUCCAGCCGCUGGUCGAUUAUGACGAGUCCGGGAAUGGGGGCAAGAGCUGCUUGGCACACUGGGAUUACCGCGACCCCCGUGGCCUCCUCUGCCUCGUGGAGGAGCUCCGGUUAUUAUACAUUGAGUACCAAAAGAAGCUGGUUGAGAAAGUGGAUGAUGCAAGACUGAAGUUUGAAAUAAGCACAGUUCUUGCUAAGGAGGGGAUUGAAGUCUCCGUGGUAUCAUCAACUGGUAGGUCAGAUGAGGUGAAAUUUGCUGUCCCGCUUCUGGAUUUAGACCUCAAAAUGAUGGUGCCUGGAUGUCCUUGGAAACUUCCCCAAAAGAUCCAUCUGCAGGCCAUAUUUCCGGUUAGCAGUAGUUACCUCUCUGUUCCUUCUGCACCAGGACUGAAACUAACCUCAACUCCUGAUUUGAAGUCAUUUUUCUCUGUGGAUGGUGUUAAGCUCCCUGCAUGGGUAGAUGGGAUGUGCAUGGCUGAGUAUAUUCCCACUUUAGAAGAAGACCUUAAAUUGCAGGUCGUGGAUGCAUCAGCUUCAAUCGGUUGCAGGAGACGAUUCAUUGAGGCCCUAGCUCCUGCUUUCGGGAGACCAUUGGAGGCUGAUCCGGUACUUGCUUCUCAUUGUUUUCUUAUGUUAUUGUGGUUUUUGCCAUGUCGUUUAACAACUCUGUCUAUGUAUCAGAUUUUUUGCAGGAAAGCCACAGUUCUUUCCAUUUCGGGGAUUUUCACAUUUCUGGUUCACUUUGUCAUCCCCCUUCAAUUCCCCAAACAACAACCUAUCCUGACUUUGCAGAGUUGUCAGCACUGUAAUUCCCAAGGUAUACCUAUCACGUCAUCUCCAAAAAACAGCUAUCCAUGGAGUCCUAGAUGGGAAGUGACAGAAAUGGCGGAACGCAUCUACGACUAUCUCGCCGACGAGUGCCAGAAUUUCAAGAAGUUAUGCAGUGAUGGUUUCCCUCAAGCAAAGUAG